AUAUAUCAUGACAUUAUCUCUUUGAAUCCUUUCUCAUCCAUCUGAUAGAGUGAGGGAGAGCAAAUUGCAAGAAAAUGGAGAGGAAAACUCAUAUUCUAGUGAUUCCUUACCCUGUACAAGGUCACAUAAAUCCUAUGCUCCAGUUCUCCAAGCGCUUAGCCACAAAGGGUGCUAGAGUGACUUUAGUCGCUACCAGCACCAUUAGAAACUCCAUGCAAGCCUUGCAAGGUGCUAGCUCUGUCAACAUUGAGAUAAUCUCUGAUGGCUCCGAGGGAGACGAAACCGUAGAAAGCUUAAUAGCAACUGUGGAUCGUUUCAAAGAUGUAGUUUCACAAAGCUUAUCAGAGUAUAUUGAGAAACUAAACAGCUCCAAAUACCCCCCAAAGUUUAUUGUGUAUGACUGUGCUCUACCAUGGGCUCUAGACGUGGCUAGAAAAUAUGGCAUAGAUGGAGCUCCAUUUUACACUCAAUCUUGUGCAGUCAAUGUCGUCUAUUAUCACUUCAAGAAAGGAACAGUAAGGUUGCCUCUCGAAGAACCAACAGUAUCACUACCCUCGAUGCCAAAACUAGCAAUCAAUGAUCUAUCUUCGCUUCUUUCUAAUCCAAGCUCAUACCCACCUCUACUCAAACUUUUUCUGGAUCAAUUUUCCAACUUCCUAGAAGCUAAGUGGAUCUUUUUCAGCUCUUUCAAGGAGUUGGAACUCGAGGUAAGUUCACAAUCUCUCUAAAUAUUUACCUUACUUUAACUUUUGACUUAUGAUAGGUAUUACACUUAUUU